UCAGAUGCGAGCUAACAUCGGUGGGGAGCGGACGUGAAUCCCGUUAGCUCCCAAAAAACUUUUACGUCACAAAAUUACAACGAGAUAUCACAUUCAAAUGAUAUUGUUGAAGUAAAACGGCCUGUGUUGACCUGUGUUUUUGCGUUGAACAGUUUGGGACGUGAUAAAAUCGCGUUUUACGCAAAGUUCAACUAGAAAGUUGCCAUUGCAUUGACAAGUAUUUCUGUACAAACAGUGUUUGUAUGUGUAUUGUAGUUUAACUUUUGUGCAGUGCUUACGUGAGGUUUUUGAACUGUAUCCGGGAACUUUUAGGUUAUUUGAUCGCGUCCCUAACGAAUAAGGUUUCUGGACCUGUCCUGUCAAAAGAUGUGACUUACCCACGAUGGCAGCCACGGACGGGCAAGUCGUGGUCGCAGCAUCUCGCUGGGCAGACGAGGGGCAUUACCUAAGAGAAUUCGUCGUCAAGAACCGAUUACCCAACGUAGCAAAAAUCAUUAAAGGCCAGUAUGGAGGACUCGGGGUACCUACUUUACCCAGUCCUGGACUUCAGAGCAUGGCUCUACUCGUGUCCGCGGGAAAGAGAAAGAAGAUUAUCGCACAAGCCAUCAAACUGAAAGAGGGAAGAAGAAUGGUUAGUGUCGGUCCAAGACUUGCUAUACCAGAGACAUAUAAAGGCUACUUUGAGCUACUAAGUGAGGAAGGAAGAGCCGUCAGAUGUAUUGAGUCUGUGAGUGAGCUAGCAAGAAGGAAACUAGAAGACGGAUGCCUUGUACGAGAGCCAGUAAGAGUCAUUUGUGCAAAGAUAGAUCUAGAUGGUAACGUAACAGCUGACGGUGCCAGAAAUUUACCCGCUGGUGAAGUUAUUAUGCCGAGAGGUGAAACAUUCUUAGGGAAAAGCAGAUAUUUAAAGUGUACGGAUACGAAAGGUGAUAUGAUAUUGCUAAGUUUGGAUCAGAGAGGAAAAUUCUCUGCUGUCGCCAAAGAGGAAAAUAUCAGUGGAGUGCACACGGCCAAGACACUACUAACUAAACGACUGCCGAUAACCGUGAGAUUAGUACACGGAACACCGCCGAGAGGUUUGAAGAGCGCCAGUCACUUCGUUCCAGAACUAAGACUUCUAUCUUUCUUCGAAGAGGAUCACGUAUUCGCAUUGCCAUUACAAAAGGAAGGAAACGCGUUAGUCGCUCUACCUCUUGCAGCACCUUUGAAAAUGUUAAGAUGCAAAAAUGAGGAGCACAUUAAAAACUUUAUGGAGUUCUCGAGACUGGUUGAGAAAUGCAACCGUUUGCUUGUAGAAGUAGUCGAUCGUAUACACGUAUUAGAUGGUAAAUUAGGUGAUCCUAAAAGACUUCUGAACGCUCCGUUACAUGCACCACCAUUAAUAAAAACCGGUUACUUCUUAAGGCGAAGUAUGUCAUCUGAUAACGCUAACCAACAUAAACAUAUGGCACGUCACAAUCACAUAUACAGUAGCCAUAGAGAUGAAAAUAGCAUUCCCGAUGAAUACAUAGACGAAAUAGAUCAAAUAUACGACUAUGUUAGAGGAUUUGCACCUCUGCCGAAAAAUAUAAAAGCAUCAUAUUCAAAUGAACCAACAAGACACGAGUCAGCACCUGCAUCUCCAGCCGUCACUCCAAUUCAUAUGCCAUUAAUCACAGAAAUCAAACCAGAACCUCCACCAAUAGAAACAAUACCAACGAAGAAACCCCUCAACAUACAAAAGGCGGAGAAACGAACUCGCAAAACCGCAAUCACACCGAAAGAAACACCAAUAACAGUUUAUAAAGAGAAAUGUUCAAUAGCACCGGCUCCUAACAAUCUUCCUAAAUUGUACAUUAAGAACGGCGUAAGCAACACAAAAAGCCGAAUGGUGUUCAGUCAGAAAAGUCAUUCCCCAACCAAGGAGACACCUAGUCCUGUAACUAGUCCAAUAAGACCUUUAACUAAAGGGGAUUCCCCUAUUUUCAAUAUAAGAUACAAGAGUCUUUCAAACAUUCACCAAGCGAUGGAACUUGAUGGUACAUUAGAUUCGAGUCACUCAGGUGGAAGGACAUCAGGGGAUUCAGGGAAUGGACCUAAAUUGCCAGAAAAACGAUGUAGAAAACUAAGUAGGCCUAAGUCCUUAACAAAUCUUGUUUGGGAACUCAAAGGUUGUCCGGUUGAAACGAACGAUAAACCAAAAUGUAGGAGUAAAAAUGAAAACUACAAGAAACUUGGAAAUAAAUUGUCUCUAGGAGCUCAGAAGAGGGUGCCCACGUUGUAUCUUUAAAUCAUUUGGUCCGCGAUGUCCACUACGUAAUGAAGACACGUUUUGUUGACCC